GCCUAUGCAAAAUCAUGAAAAGACAAUCUGUUUUCUUCCUACUAUCUCUCCAGGCUCUGUCAAUUUUGAUCCAAACACAGCACAUCCUAACUUGAUCAUCAGUGAUGAACUCACCACCAUCAGCUAUGGGAAAAAGCAGCAGCUUCCGGAUAACCCUGAGCGCUUCACGGGCCGCAUGGCAGUACUCGCUGCUAGCGGCUUCAAUUCAGGAAAGCAGCGCUGGGAUGUAGAGGUGGCACACAGCAAAGAGUGGUACAUUGGAGUGGCACGAGUGUCCAUAAAGAGGAAAACUGCAGUUUUCCUCAACCCGACAGGUGGUUUCUGGGUAAUUGCAAAUAAUGAGGAAUCCUAUUGGGCUCAGACCUCUCCCCGCACUCGACUGACUCUAAAAAAUAAACCACAGAUAAUCACAGUUGAACUGGACUACGACAAAGGAAAGGUUUCUUUUUCUAACGCUGCAGAUGGUUCCAGUAUUUACACCUUUAAAGAUAAGUUUUCUGAGAGAAUCUUUCCUUAUUUUGCCACUGGGAUAAAUGAAGGGAACACACUUAGAAUCUGUUCAAUUUAAUGUGUCUGUAAUGGGGGAAAAAUAUGUAAACAUAUGGCCACGUUCACACAGCAGCAGAAUAUGGUUGUCAGUCCAGUAUUUGAGUCCUUAACACGGUUACGUUCACACACAGUACGGUUAUUUACGGGAGAGACAACCGCAUCCUAUAACCGAACUCACACCCGUAAAUUUUCAGGACUCACAACCGCAUUCUCAGAAAAUCCGCGCUGUGUUAACGAACAGGACUGGGCAACUAGUUGGCUGUCACAUCAAUCAGUGCGAGAGCCGCUUAUCUAUUUGUGUGUGGUUUCGCUUUCGGUAACUUACAGCGUCAUCUUAAGGUGUUAGAUCCAGUCACUGUUCUCCACCGGAGCGGCUCUUGUCAGUUUUUGUGUUUCUUUUCCAAAUUCAAAUGCCUUGCCUAGACGUCGCAAAGGACGUGACACGCGAGUGCAACGGUUAAAGACUCCAGCUAGCGUGUGCUGCUGUUGGUUAAUUAAGUUUUGAUGGAUGAAUGGAUGAACUCGCGGUUCAAUUAGUCUCUUAUGUCAAAAGUGCUAAGACUUUUCAGUUUUAUGGACGUCGCCAUCUUUAAUAUUACGUUGGUCACUGUCGUUAUGGUUACUAGUAAGAGAAUAUGGGCUUCACUCUCGUCGUUGCACGUUCAUACAAGUUGCUGUGUGAAAGGGACAUUUCGAGACUCACACCCAUAAGUAAAUGCGUUGUCAAUCCCCAAAACGUACAGUGUGAACGUGGCUUAUUACCACACAACAACUAUAAAAUAAUUUCUGGUGAAUUUCAUACGAAAAUUUCAAGGUCACAUUUCACCCAAAAUCUGAGAUAAAAAAAAAAGUUUUUCAUAAAGAAAUGAAGCGUAUUUUAGGAUCAUUAAGAGUUUGUGCAUUGUGCCAUUUUUUUUUAUAAAAAAA